AAUGAUGUGCAGAUAUUAGCAUUUAAAUGUAUCCUUGUCCUUAGAGAAAGAUUCAGAGAGCCAGUUCCAAACUGUCUUGAUGGUUGUCCAAGAAUGUGCAAAUGGAAGUUCAAGAGGACCGGAACAACAUGAUUUCCACUUGACAUGAUUUAUCGGACGCUAGGAAACACAAAGGAGAUUAUCAGUAUUUUGGAACCACAGGGAUAUGAAGCAGACCUUUUGUAUGAAAUAAUGGAUGAAUGGACUUAUGAAGACUUGAAGCUGAUAGAUGAUUCGGAUACGCUAGACAUAGCUGUUGACAGUUGGAACAAGAUCCUACUAGAACCAGGGAGUAAAAUUUUCUGCCCGGAUCUAUUCGAGAUGGAUGUGAGAACCCGAGAGCAACAAGAGCAAGCAGGAGGCGGGAAGGAGGCGAGGCAGGGGGCGAGGCAGGAGUUGAGGCAGGGGGCGAGGCAGGAGGCGAGCCAGGAGUUGAGGCAGGGGGCGAGGCAGGAGGCGAGGCAGGGGGCGAGGCAGGUCGUGAGAGUUUAAGAGAAUUAGAGUUGAAGUUGAACAAAAGAAUGGACGAUGGAUUUGCAUUGAGAGACGAAACAAUUCGUCUUCUAGCAGCAAGAGUAAAGGAGUUGGAA